AUCGCCUGGGCUGGGACAGCAGUAAAGGCCAAGAGGGAAGCCGGGCCCGAGGACAGCCCACCUCGGGGUCAGCAGCCUCUGCCUCUUGCCGUCCUCGGCGGGCCUGGUGGUGCCAUGGUGGUGCGGCACGGCACCGACAAGGGGGCGCCCGGGGCAGGUGUGCGGCUGGAGCCCUUCCUGCACCAGGUCGGGGGCCACCUGAGCAUGCUGCAGUAUGAUGCGCACACGGUGUGCAAGCCCCUGGUCUCUCAGGAGCAGAAGGUCUACGAGUCCCUCCCACUGGCCAUGAGGGGCUUCACUCCGCAGUACAAAGGUACCAUCACAGUGCGUCUCCGGAGAGAUAGCAGAGGCCACCUCGGUCUCGUUGCCAACCCACUGAAGGAGAACCUGGAGCCUUUCCAAGUCUCCCCGGAGUCCAGAGCGGUAGCUAUCUGGCAGACACUUCAGCAGACCGCCAGCAGUGACAGCAGCCCCCGUCCCCUGGUCCAGCUGGCACAGUCACUCGAGGAGAGCGCAGCCAAGGUGCUCCUGAGAUCCGGCUGCCAGCUCAGCACCCAGGCCUCCCCGCUGGUGGAAAGCGCCGAUGGGAGCCAGGUGGAGCGGAAGAGCUUUAACCCGUGGGGCCUGCACUGCCACCAAGCCCACCUGACCCGCCUGUGCUCCGAGUACCCAGAGGACAAGCGGCACCGGUUCCUGCUGUUGGAAAACGUGGUGUCUCAGUACAGGCAGCCCUGCGUCUUGGACCUGAAGAUGGGGACCCGGCAGCACGGAGACGAUGCCUCCGAGGAGAAGAAGGCCCGGCACAUGAUGAAGUGUGCGCAGAGCACCUCAGCCUGCCUGGGCGUGCGCAUCUGCGGCAUGCAGGUUUAUCAAACCGACAAGAAGAGUUUCCUCUGCAAAGAUAAGUACUACGGAAGGAAGCUCUCGGUGGAGGGGUUCAGGCAAGCCCUCUCUCAGUUCCUGCACGACGGUACCCGCCUCCGCUCGGAGCUGCUGGAGCCCAUCCUGCACAGGCUGCAGGCGCUGCUCACCGUCAUCAGGAGCCAGGCCUCUUACCGCUUCUACUCCAGCUCCCUCCUCAUAAUCUACGACGGGCAGGAGCCUCCUCAGCCGGCGCCCCAGACCACCCAAGACAGCACUUCCGGUGGCGCUGCCGGCCACCCUGCCAAAGUCGACGUCCGCAUGAUUGACUUCGCUCACACGACCUACAAGGGCUCCUGGAACGAGAGCACCACCUACGAGGGACCAGAUCCUGGCUAUAUCUUCGGCCUGGAAAACCUCAUCAGGAUUCUGAGGGAUAUCCAAGAGGGAGAAUGAAGCUUCCUGGAACUUUCUGAGAUUUUCCAGGCUACAGAAUUUCGCAAAGGGACCCAAGUUAGGGCAGUCUAGAUCCCCUAUAGGUAUCUUUGUAAAAUAACCGUAUCUACCUUCAAAAGCCAUCUCUGCACAUGACCAGCGAUGUUGACCCUUGCUACAGGAAUCUGCUCUGCAGGCAGCCACCCCCUCAACUGGGCAUCCUGUGGGGCAGAGCUCCUGUUGGAGCAGGCAGUGAAAGUGCCACCGUCGUGGGGUGCACAGGAGGGUGUAGCCUGGGUUAGAGGCCAGCGCCACAGCGUUGCAGGUGCCAGCACUCCAGACCACGUCUCUGCUGUGAUGCAGCGGUCUCAGCAGCCCUGAGGGAGGAAAAGCCCCCGGAGGAAGCCUGGAAGACUCUUGUGCUUGCACAGGUAGACAGAGCCACUGUCUCCCACCUCCUACGACCAGUUACAGGCUGGACAGGAGUAAGUGAGGCCCUUUGUCCAUCUUGCACUGGCUGGGGAGUGGUGGGGGAGUCGCUCAGUCAGAGGCAUGAGCUUUGCAUGCAUAAGAGCAAGCCCCAGAGUCAGGAAAUAAGGAGAACAACAGUGAUAAAUGAACGAGUGGACCAGGGUAGGCCCAGGCAGCCUCCGAUGCCCAUCUUGGCAUGUGGGGGGAAAGCUCCCCCACAGACUUCUCAGGGCCUGAUGGAACUAGCAAGUCUUCUACAGUGUGAUCACGUGGUGAUGACCCUGACUUGGGAAAGCAGCUCCCAGUGGAGGUGGAGUGAGCCACCAGAAGAGCCAAUAGCGUUUGACUGUCUUCUCCAUGUCUGUUUAUUUAUUUAUUUUUGGGGUGUGUGGGUAGGGGGGGUUGGAAGCAGAGAACCAGAAGACCAGGCAACCCAGGAUGAUGUUUACAAGAGUGGUGGACUCGAGUAAAUAGGAAACCAGAGCAAACAGGUCUAAUGAAUUCCUUCUUCCGCAGCAUUGAAACUUAUUACAAU